GAUUAGGUACCGGUAUUUUAAUCGGUUUAGGAUUAGCUGUCAACAGCCUUGGUUGGACAGAGUUGCGUGUGUGUGAGUGAAAGGAUUGUUCUUAGGUGAAGAAGUAAGGUUAUGCGUUAGGAUGGUUGGUAGUGAGACUUUGCAGAAAACAAGCUCGAGGGGAAAUCAAAAGCGAACUGCCGCCUUUGCUGAAGCUUCUGGAGACAGGCACAAAGGUGUGGUCCAGCGCCUGCCCCGCCCCUUAUCUGGACGGAAGCUGAGGGUUGCCGGAAGUUGUGAAGCGGCAGCUUAUGCGGCGGCGCGGUGAGAUCAAAAUGGCGACCGAGGGAGAUGUGGAGCUGGAGUUAGAGACCGAGACCAGCGGCCCGGAGCGGCCUCCCGAGAAGCCACGGAAGCAUGACAGUGGUGCUGCUGACUUGGAGCGGGUCACUGACUAUGCGGAGGAGAAGGAGAUCCAGAGUUCGAAUCUGGAGACGGCUAUGUCAGUCAUUGGAGACAGAAGGUCCAGGGAACAAAAGGCCAAACAGGAGCGGGAGAAGGAACUGGCGAAGGUCACCAUCAAGAAGGAAGAUCUGGAGUUGAUAAUGACAGAGAUGGAGAUCUCUAGAGCAGCUGCAGAGAGGAGCUUGAGGGAACACAUGGGCAAUGUGGUGGAGGCUCUUAUUGCCCUAACCAACUGAUGAUGUGCUUUUCAGACAUUCUGGACUGAUUUACUAAAAUAAAGUGUUUUCUUCUUUUUUCCAGUUUUAUCUUGGAUCAAAUGCAUUAUAUAUUCUAUUUUGUUGUCAGUUUCUAUUUUGGACCUUGAUGAAACUGUAUAAACAAUCAAUAUAAAGAAGUACCAAAUGUUCAAAUAUGGCUCUAUUUUUAUUACU